ACGGAGAGAAAUGAAACCGAUCUGCAAGAUGGCAAGAAAUUGCACAUCCUCCUCCUCCUCCCCAUCCCCAGUUCGCAACAGAUCGAGUUCCCCGCUCCACCUGCUCCUGCAUUAAAAAUUCUCAAAUCGCCGUCCUCAAUCGAACCCGAUCCCAAUCUCGCCCCGCAAAAACCCUAGCAAAAUUCCUCCGGUCGCCGCCGAUCCAGGCUCCGAUUCCGUCGUCAUCGCCUCGCACCCCCCAUGCCAUCGGUUCCGCCGCGUCCGGUCCCGUCGUCGAUCUCCGGCUGAUCGCGCCUCCGGUCGCUCCCUGCGCUCGGCGCGAUGGUGGUCUGCAAAUGCCGCAAGGCUACAAAGUUAUACUGCUUCGUGCACAAGGUCCCUGUGUGUGGAGAAUGCAUAUGCUUUACGGAGCACCUUAUAUGCGUGGUUCGUACUUACUCUGAAUGGGUUAUAGAUGGCGAGUACGAUUGGCCUGCUAAAUGCUGCCAUUGUCAAGUUGCACUCGAAGAGGGGACCGGCCCUCAAACUACUCGACUUGGUUGCCUGCAUGUCAUACACACAAAUUGCUUGGUUUCAUAUGUCCAAAGCUUUCCCCCUCACACUGCUCCAGCUGGUUAUACAUGUCCUGCGUGUUCCACACCGAUAUGGCCUCCCAAGAGUUUUAAGGAUUCAGGAUCACGUUUUCAUUCUCAGCUGAAGGAAGCUAUUGCGCAGACUGGUAUGGAGAAGAACUUGUUUGGAAACCAUCCAGUUGUAAAAACAGAGGCCCAUGGACCUCCACAUGCCUCAGAUCUUUCAGUCACUGUGUCAUCAUCCUCUGCACCCUCAAUGUUAACGGAUGGAAUGUAUGCAAAUGGACCUUCUUCAGAUAUUGUGGAGAUAGAUGUUCCCAGUUCAGCAGGAAAUUUCAUGAAAAGCUCAAGUCCUGUUGGUCCUGGUGCUACAACAAGAAAAGGUGCUUUCCAAGUUGAUCGGCAAAAUUCUGACACGUCAUAUUAUGCUGACGAUGAAGAUGGGAAUAAGAAGAAGUACAGUCGAAGAGGCCCAUUUCGCCAUAAAUUCCUUAGGCUCUUGCUUCCUUUCUGGUCAAGUGCUUUGCCUACUCUGCCAGUGACUGCACCUCCACGCAAAGAUUCAUCAAAUGCAGAUGAUGCUCCCGAAGGUCGCACACGGCAUCAAAGACAAUCGAGGAUGGAUCCAAGGAAGAUGCUAUUAGUUAUUGCAAUCAUGGCAUGUUUGGCAACUAUGGGUAUACUGUAUUACAGAAUUGCACAGAGGGGCUUUGUAGAUGACCUGCACAAUGAUGAGCAGCAGUAAUUGCGAUGUCAGGCAAUGGAAUUGUGUGCGCAAGUUUUGUUUGUAGACAUCCCGGUUAGUGGUAUCCGCGGCUUCUGUUGUUCCCUGCUUGUCUCUUUAAAUGGAUCUGGUUCUAGUCAUCUCUGGUAGGAAGGGAACCUCUGCAUCUCUGUAGCUUGAGACCAUAAUUGUUUAAUUGAUGAUACUUGAUUAUGGUAUAAAUCUUGUGCUGAAAUGAGAGAUUGGUUGAAGAGAGAACUAUUUGGGUA